GGUGGAUGAGUGAUGGGGGAAGUGCCGCUCCGCUGGAAGUUGGUCACCUUCUGCCAGUAAGUGUUGAACCAAAGACAAAAAGUAAUAAAACGCUGUUUUUAUAGUAUUUGAAGCAGUAGCUGGUGGGGAAAAGUUGGCUUUUUCGAGGUUUUUUAGGAGUCGUGUCGUUCCGUCAUGGAGUUUGGUGAAGAGUCGUCGCCUGCUCUGGCUUUCGACAAGGACGCGUUUGAGCUCACGGUAGAAGAUGUUUAUGAUAUUUCGUAUGUAAUCGGGCGAGAUUUGUUGAAGAUAAGCAGCACGGGCGAGGAAGUGUCGGAUUUACAGUUCAGAAUAGUGCGCGUUUUGGAAAUGUUCGAGACUUUGGUCAACAAGUACAACUUGUCUCUGGAGGAGCUGAAAAUGGAGCGGGACAACUUGAAGAGUGAACUGGCCAGGAUCAUCACGGAGGGCUCCUCCGGCCAGGGCACGCAAAGAGCGGGACCUAACCAGCUGGUCGUGGACCUGACAGACCCCAACAGACCGCGCUUCACCAUGCAGGAGCUGAAGGAAGUCCUGCAGGAGAGGAACCAGCUGAAGGCUCAGCUCAUGGUGGCUCAGGAGGAGCUUCAGCUGUACAAGAGUGGGAUUCUGCCUCAGGCUGAACCAGCCAUGGUGGAAGUGGAUCUGGAGACGCCGGCGGCUACAGAGCACAGCACAGCCACGCUAAAUGAUGCAAAAGAGGAGAAGACGACCAUAGGCAAACUGUUUUCAUUCAGGCGAAAAUAAGAAAAACCUUUCAGAAGAACUGACCAUGUAGAAGACAAGCAGGAUUUGUCGGCACAAUUUUCUUAUCGGUUAACCACUUUUAUAUUAACUGUUGUUUGUAGAAUGUGUAUUUGUCAAUCUAACAAGCACAGCGUUUUGUACUGGUAAUUUUAACCAAAGAUGGUUUAUAGUAAUAUAGAGUUCCUGUUGUAGAAUUAUAUAUGGUGUGGAAAAUUUGGUGAAAAUAUAUGAAACUGGAAAAGUAUUGUCUAACUGCGGUUGGGUAUCAUGUUGAAUGCAUUCACUCAAAAUUAAGUUAUUUAUAGGCUUGAAAAUGUACUUUUAAAAAAAUAUAAAUCAAAAUUAAGUCUUCACAGGGCUUUGUAUUGGUCCAGCAAUCUAAAAAAAAAAUUUCUGUCACUCUCAACUGUCAGCUAUCAAAUAAAUGAAAAUGGAUCCCACCCCACAAAAUUCAAAAGCAUAAUAAAAUAUGACAUUUUGAAUAGUGUUAGUGUUUUUCUUCUGGGGUUGAAUAUUUAAAAGGCUGUGUGAUUUCACACUUUCAAGUUCUGAUCUCAUGUCAAUGUAGACAAAUUACAACACAUAUGUCCCCAAAUCACUGGCACAUCAUCCACAGACUACAGCAUCAUUUGACUUGACACAUGUCACUGCAGUGACAGGGAAUGAGGCUUCAGGGUUUCAUUUUAAGGCAUAAUCACGGUUAUUCACUUUCUACACCAGAAUCAUAGUGUAUGACUUCUAUAUCGUGAUAAUUUUUGAUUGGAUGAAUAACCAUUAACCACAGAUGGAAUGAAAACUCAAGUGUUUUAUUCCUUAAUUUACAGCACAGGCAAUAAUUUACAAUUGUGAAAUUGAACUGUCAAUAUAUUCAUUACAAAAGGAAACCCCAUGUACAAUGUGAAACGCUUCUUAUCCAGAACUACUCCUCAAGAUGGCAUCAAUCUUCCAGAGUUAGAUUUAAAAAAAAAAAAAGAAGAAGUAUAAAAUCAUGAUAAAAACAACUUGCAAAAACAUACUCUUUGUGAGUUGAAGCUUUAGCAGGCAUUUAAAAUAAAAAUAUUGUUAUAUGUAUAAAACAUUGCUGAGGGCUGCUCAUCUAUAGCAUCUUUUAUAUAAAGAUGAACAGGACAGUAGAGAGCACCAAUUCAUAGGAAAUCUGAACACUAUUAGUUGUGGACUCAGUAUUUGAGCCAAGGGUGAGCCAAGAUUGACGCUUUACUCCGAUCACCGUAGUCAUACAGCAGCUCCUCCUCCGCUGUGAUGUCUCUGGAAGCCACCAAGAUCAGAUGAGGGGUUCCAUCAAUGGGGUGAAGCUUAGUCUGACAGUUGCCAGUUUUACUGUGAUUGAUCAGUCUUCCAAGACGGCUUGUUUCCUUUGUAGCGUCCACACUGUCAUAUGUAAACAUAUAAAUAUUAAGUACUGAAACAUAAGCCAGGUAUCUACUCUAAAGUCAUAGUCCAGAAAGUACGAAAAUUUUCCAUUUUCAAACCCACUGAAAUUUUCGUGACACCUAGGAAAUAUGUUUUCGUACAAGGAGUUUGCUUAUUAGAAGCACUAAUAUCCUAAAACAAUCCAAGUUCCAUGUCCAAAGUCUGUGUAGAAAGUUAAUGUGAUUAUUAAAAAAUAUGUUGCUGUUUCAUAUAAUAGGAAGAUUUAAUUUACCUACCAGAGUAUUUUUAUACCCAAACUAAAUUUUCUUCUUUUUCUUUUCAGAUGAUUUUUGGCAAUAUGCCUUUAUUUGGCAGCCAGUACAGAGAGAGAGACAGGAAGUAUAGGGGGACAAAGGGGUUUGAAAUGCGACAAAGGUCCCCAGACCCAGACUUUUUUUGUAGAACUGUUCUGCAUGGCAAAGGUUGCAUUUACUCCCAGAACAUUCUUUGGUUGUGCAGUUAAUUAUCCCCUGAAAGUUGACAAACUGAACAAAAGAAAUAAAAUCAAGUGUGAUACCGUGCACCAUGUGACAUUUGGACUUACCAGUAUGUUUUAGAUUGAUACUGGAAGUAGUACAUGUAACAGCCUGUUUGGGGAUCCUGAGCAUACUUGGCCUCUCUUAUUUUAGCCUCAGCCAGUUCCAGUAGAUCUCCGUGGUACUCCACGAUAAAGUCUCCCUUUUUGAAGUCCUUGACAGCAAAUACCCCUCUUCCUUUUCCUUCUAUGUGUUUGACCUGUCAACAUUCAAGCAUAACAAAGUAUGAAGUUUAACUCAAUUAGCAAUUGUGCACAGGUUGCUUCACUACAGUUCUACUUAAAUAUGUCAUUUAUGUCAAUAUUGCAAUUCAUGAUUUUUGUCAAAACUAGCAACUACUACUACUAUAGAGAACAUAACUAGGAGAAAGUGAACAUAACAUCUGUCAUGCUUAGACCACUGAUAGAUUCUGUCUACUUACAGAAAUGUAUUGAUCGCAUCGAAAUGUGCCAACCACAUUUGGACUGAAUGUGGCACAAUACAUGUCAACGAUUAAAUGUUACCUGCAGUCCCUCUUCAAUACCAUUCUUUAUCACGUCAUCAAUGUGUCGGUGUUCUUCGUUCUGUUGACAAUUUUAGAAAUUGGGUGAAACUUUCUGUUAUGGUAAUGUUGCCAUUCUCUUCCACACACACACAAAAAAACACAAAUAACCAGCAAAACAUACGGCAAAAAUAUAUGGCAUGUAAAUAUGAGAACAUCAAGUACAAAAGGAGGACGUAUUGACUUGGUGGGAAACGCAUUCUCCUAUUAACUGUUACUAAUAUAACCCGCAAGCAUUUUUCAUACAGACCUUUAACUCUGCCUUAGUUUUUCUGUUACUCCGUCUGAUGGGAUAAUAGUCUGUGACCUUUCU